ACGAAAUAUGACUACGAAUAAAACGAGCGACCGGCCUUGAAAUGCUUGUGUUUUUUUAAAGAAUAGUUUAGCUCGCUGUAGUAUAUAUUUGCUGCUCGUUGUCUGGUCUAUUGUUAUGCAAGAUGCAGGCAUUCAGUAGUUACCGUUUUUGUGGAUUUUUCAUCAUAUGUUCUUGCAUUACGUAUGUGGCGAUUGGACAGUUGUACGAUGUACCGAGAAUUUAUUCUAUCAACAUCCAGACUGACAUUCAGUUCCGGUUUGCCACAACUCUUAUCUCAAGCCGAGUAGCCAAUCCAGCUAACUAUUCACAAGAGACGGUAUUUGAUGUCAUCCUUCCAGGGGAAGCUUUUAUUUCAAACUUCACUCUGGAGAUUGAUGGCACUAUCUAUCCAGGAAUUGUGAAAGACAAAGAUGAGGCCAAGAAGGAGUAUGAAAAAGCAAAGAAAAAAGGAAAGACGACAGGGCUUGUCAGUCAAAAACCAAGAGACACCAGAACAUUCAAGGUCAAGGUCUCAGUCGCAGCUUUUAGCAAAUCUUCCUUCAACCUAACCUAUCAGGAACUUCUAAAGCGAGUUAAAGGGGUUUACGAGCACAAAGUAUUUAUAAACCCAGGCUACCCUGUUGACGAUAUUAAGAUAAGCGUUGCCAUUCAAGAAUCACGUGAUUUAACACGCCUGACAGUUCCACCAAUCAAAUCACUGAAUGAAUUAUUAACGGAUGAUGAAGACUUUACAGAAAAUGAUCUUGCCGUGAUAACAAGACCCACAAAAAGAAGCGCAUACAUUCAAUAUUCGCCUUCGAGAAAUGAUCAAAGCACAGAGGGUUUGUCCGGUCAAUUUAUUGUACAGUACGAUAUCGACAGGUCACUAAACGGCGGAGACGUUCUGGUAGUAAACGGGUAUUUCGUGCAUUUCUUUGCGCCAGAUAUUCUAAAAGCAAUCCCGAAAGACGUUCUAUUUGUGAUAGACAGAAGCGGUUCCAUGUUUGGUCGUAAAAUCGAACAGCUUAAACGGCGGGAUCAAAAAAAUCACCAGCAAAUCUUGAAGAAUAUAGAACGAAAAAACGAAGGUGAAAUACCUAUAUUCAGUUUAGCGUUCGGUAAUGAUGCAGAUUGGAGUUUAAUGAAGAAAAUUGCCAUUCAAAAUGGCGGUGUUGCAAGAAAGAUAUAUGAAGACUCGGACUCCGCUUUACAGAUAAGCGGAUUCUACGACGAACUCUCAGUUACUUUACUAAACAACGUUACUGUCAAAUACCUUGGUGAUUCUGUUGAAAAGCAAAGCCUGACAGAAUCGGAAUUUAAGAACUAUUUCCGGGGAUCUGAACUUGUAGUUGCAGGCAAGCUGACCGACACUGGUGCCCGGACUAUCAACAUGGAAGUUUUAAGCAACAGCGCUGAAGGUUCUUUAGUUUUGACAGGAGACAAGGACUUAAACUACAUUGAUGUAUCAGAAGCCGGAAAUUUAAUGGAACUCUCCGAUUUCCAAACAAUAACUGAAAAAACAUGGGCCUACCUUACCAUUAAACAAUUGCUUAACAGGGCCACAGGAGAACUAAAUAAGACAGCUGUUGACAUUAUGAAGAGUAAAGCUAAAGCACUUUCUCUACAGUAUGGUUUUGUUACACCUUUGACCUCAAUGGUCGUCACAAAGCCGGAAUUGGUUCCAAAUGAAUGGAGACCACCUACAACAACCACGACUCCAAAACCGACGACGACGAGAGCCUAUCGGCGAUAUGGAAGUGGAGGCGGUGGAUAUGGUGGCGGUGGUGGAGGAGACCCUCACUAUAUGAUCCGUAUAAAGAAUAUGGAGCAUCCGAUCUGCUUUGAUGUACAAAGUAAAGACGGAGAAGUACAUAAUAUAAUAACUGAUCCACGAAAUAAAAUAACAAUAAACACACAAAUCAUAAGUGGGUUGAUGGGAACUGAUGGUGAACCCAAGACGUACAUCGGUGAAGUGUCCAUUAAAAUGGCACACCACAUACUUGUGAUUACAACAAGUGCAAUCAUAUUUGAUACAAAGAUGUUUCCAUGGACAGAAAAGAAGCUAAAACAUUUUGGUGGCCACGAAUUCGUCUUGUCUGAAGACGGUCUGUUACUAACAAUACGGUUCAAGUUUGGAGCGGAAAUACUUAUCCGACGGCACGUACACAAACCAUCUGAUACAAGAGCCAAUUAUUUGAACAUCUAUGUUAAGCACGAAGAUACAUUCAGCAAAAGGACAACUGGAUUGAUUGGUCAGUUUGUCAACGGAUUUAAGCAUAUUUAUCUUCGUAAACUGUUCAAAGAUAAGAGCGGAGAAACAAUGGCUAAACUGCAAGUGAAGGAGGGAGAGAAAUUCCCGUCAAUAAGGGAAAAUGCAGACCAUGCAAAGGGUGGAGUAACUCGUCAAAGAAUUUCUGCACGUCUUAUUCAGCGGUCCGAAAUUGUUGAAAAGGGAACAGAAAUGUGCUGGAUAGUACACAAGAAAUUCAUAGACUCUCUAAUUGGCAGCCGUGAAGCUUUUCUUAAGGACGACUUUAUUGACAUUGAAUAAAGAUAACAUUUUGUAUUCAAAUGAAUACUCUACAGUGUCAACGA